AUGAUGGCCAUUGUUCCUGCUCUGCCAGGAGGCUCUGGCGGGGCGAAUGGCGGCGGAAAAGACGGCGGACGGAGCAAUGGCAAGGACAGCGGCAGCAACGGUGCCUCGGGUGGAAGUGGCAAGUCAGGCAACAAGAUUUUGCUCAAGAGCUCGUCAAGAACGGCUGCUGCAGCCUCCAACGCGCCAAGCACCACAACUAGCUCGCGCGCGUCACCUGCCGCCCUCGCGCCGGCACCCCAGACAAGCAAUUCAACGUCGAUGCCAACACGAACAAGGAUGGGCGGCCAGUCGACUGCGGGCGGCGGCAGCGGUAGUGGUCCCCUGCCACCACUCAGCGCCAUGCGGAGCGCGCCGCUGGAUCUGAACUCGGUCGAGCGCCGCGGCCAGCCUACAGCGAGUAAGGAGACUGGGAAGCGCAAGGACCGCCCGCACAACCUGGAGGAGGCGCCGACAUACUGUCCCACCGAGGAGGAGUGGAAGGAUCCCAUGGCCUACAUGCGCAAGAUCGCGCCCGAGGCGAGCGAAUACGGCAUAUGCAAGAUCAUCCCUCCUGACUCGUGGAACCCGCCUUUUGCCAUUGACACACAGAAAUUCCACUUCCAAACAAGAAAACAGGAAUUAAAUUCCGUCGAAGGCAGCACUCGCGUCAACCUUGGCUAUCUCGAAGGCCUAUUCAAAUACCACAAGAACAUGGGUAAUACCCUGACUCGGUUACCAUACGUCGACAAGAAGCCACUUGACCUCUAUCAACUGAAGAAAGCCGUCGAUUCGCGAGGCGGUUUCGACAUGGUGUGCAGACUGAAGAAGUGGGCGGAGAUUGGCCGUGACCUGGGCUACAGCGGCAAAAUCAUGUCGUCUCUGUCGACCUCUCUCAAGAACUCCUACCAGAAAUGGCUGUGCCCCUACGAAGACUACCUGCGGUUGGCCAAACCCGGCGUGCACCAGCAGCUCGAGAUCGAGAACGGCGGCCCCUUCACACCAAGCCCUGCUGCGAGCCCCAUGGUCCGGUCCAAUGUCAACACUCCAUCCAGCGUACCCGGGGGCUCACCGGCCCGCAACGCUAGUGAUGCGCUCCAGGCCUCGGUUUCCGGCAGUGGCCGUAACACGCCCGGCACAGCCAACAAUACGCCGCCCCCGGCCGACUCGUCUGAAAAAGGAUCGGGCCUGGCACCGGCACAUCCCCUCAAACGCCAGCUUGCUGCCGGCGAGUCUGAAACGCCCACGAAGGAGGAGUCUGCCGCGGAAGGCGAAGAGGACAGCUCGGGCAGCAGGCGGAGUAAGCGAUUAAAGAAGGAAGCUGUGCCUCGGGUGGCCGGCUCGUACAUGUCGCUGCUGCGUCCACAGCAGCCACGCAAACCCCGCGACAACAAUGGCGACCCCCGUGAGAGCUGUGAGCAUUGCGGUAAGACAGAGAAUGCCGGCUUCUUGAUCGUCUGCGAGUCAUGCGACCACGCCUACCACGGAAAGUGCGUCGACCCACCAAUAGCCACGAAGCCCACCUCCGAGUGGAACUGCCCGCGCUGCCUUGUCGGCGACAACCAGUACGGCUUUGAAGAUGGCGGCCUCUACUCGCUCAAGCAGUUCCAGGAAAAGGCCUUUGAGUUCAAGCAGAGCUACUUUGAGGACAAGAUGCCGUUCGACCCCACCCUGAACUGCCACCGCCCUAUCACAGAGGACGACGUCGAGCGCGAGUUCUGGCGCCUAGUGUCCAGCAUCGAUGACACUGUCGAGGUGGAGUACGGUGCCGACAUCCACUGCACAACACACGGAUCGGGCUUCCCCACGAUUGAGAAGAACCCCAACGAGCCAUACUCGACGGACCCUUGGAAUCUUAACAUGCUUCCGCUCCACCCCGAAAGUCUUUUCCGCUACAUCAAGUCCGACAUCUCCGGCAUGACCGUCCCCUGGGUCUACGUCGGCAUGAUCUUCUCGACGUUUUGCUGGCACAACGAGGACCACUACGCCUACUCUGCCAACUACCAGCACUUUGGUGCCACCAAGACGUGGUAUGGCAUUCCCGGCGCCGAUGCGGAGAAGUUUGAGAACGCAAUGCGCGAGGCCGUCCCCGACCUGUUCGAAACGCAGCCCGAUCUGCUGUUCCAGCUUGUAACGCUUCUCCCGCCCGAAAAGCUCAAGGAAGCCGGCGUGCGCGUCUACGCAGUCGACCAGCGCGCUGGUCAAAUGGUCAUCACGUUCCCCCAGGCGUACCAUGCGGGCUUCAACCAUGGUUUCAACUUCAACGAGGCCGUCAAUUUUGCGCCGUCCGACUGGGAGCCCUUUGGCCUCUCUGGUGUCCACCGGCUGCAGCAGUUCCGUCGCCAGCCUUGUUUCUCACACGAGGAGCUGCUGUGUACGGCUGCGGAUGAUGUGCUGAGCGCGGCCACGGGACCCUUGACGAUCCAGACGGCCAAAUGGCUCGCGCCUGCGCUUGAACGGAUACGGUACCUCGAGGAGACCAACCGCGACGGCUUUAUGGCCAAGCAUUACGGAGUGCCACACCACUGCCCGCUUGUAGGACGCGAUACGGGCGUGGGCCGCCGCGGCGGCGAAUCUGCCGCGCAGACCUGCUCUCUUGACAUUGUGAUCAACGACGCUGACGUCCCCGAAGAGGAGUACCAGUGCUUCUUCUGCAAGGGCUAUACGUACCUGUCGCGCUUCAAGUGUGUCAAAACAGGCAAGGUUUUGUGUCUGCAGCACGCCGGGUUCAACCACUGCUGCACCGCGCGCGAGGCGAGCCGCUUCCUCGGGGAAUCCCAUUUUGUCGUCUAUCGCAAGUCGUCGGACGACAUUGAGGCCAUGUGCAAGAAGAUUGCCGAAAAGGCAGCGCAGCCGGAGGCCUGGGAAGAAAAGUACGACAAGAUCCUGGAGGAAGACGCGACCCCCUCACUCAAGACCCUGCGAGCUAUCCUGAACGAAGGUGAGAGGAUCCCCUAUGAUCUGCCUUCUUUGCCGGUGUUGCGCGAAUUUGUCGACCGCUGUAAUCACUGGGUUGAAGAGGCUACAACAUACAUUGUGCGCAAACAGCAAAACCGACGCAAGACCGACACGCGCAAAUCCAUCAGCGCGGCCAGCGGCGCCGAAGCAGCCGGCACCGGCUCAGCCUCGACGGCAGCCGGGGCAGCGGGCUCCACGGGAUCGACGACAGCGGCGGCAACGGCGGCGGCGGCAGCCGUGGCCGACGAAAAGGAAAAGGAACGGGAGACCCGCAACAUUUCCAACAUUUACCGCUUGCUCGACGAAGCCGCCCAGAUCGGAUUCGAGUGCCCCGAAAUCCAGCUCCUCCAGCAGCGCGCCGACGCCAUCAAGAUCUUCCAGGAAGACGCCAGACGCGCGCUAGCGCACGUCUCCACGCAAACGGUCGACACCAUUGAGAACCUGCUCGACGAAGGACACAGCUUUAAUGUCGACGUGCCCGAGGUCGAGAGCCUGACGCGGUUCCUAGACCAGCUCAAGUGGGGCCAGAAGGCGGAAGCGAGCCGGACCGAGUACGCGGCCUUGGACGAGGUGCUCAAGCUGCUCGAGGACGGGCAGCGCAUGGGCAUCCCGCAGUACAACGACCACAUGAUGUUCCUAGAGGGCCAGGCGGCCGCGGGGCAGCAGUGGGAGAAGAAGGCCAAAGAGCUGCUCCAUGCGGACGCUGUCCACUACCCGCAGCUCGAGGCUCUCUCGAACCAGGCGACGUCCGGCUCGAUUCCGGUGACGGCGGCUACGCUGGCGGCGAUUGACCAGAUCCUGCACAAGCACAGGGAUGCGCACCGCCAAGUCAUGGACCUCAACAUGCGCUGCCGCGAGGCGGAAUACAAGAACCGGCCCAAGUACUCGGAGGUGGUGGCGCUGAUGAGCAAGAUCGAGGAGCUGCAGUCCAAGCCGACGGGCACGCACGAGCUGGAGCGGGAGCAGAAGCGCAGCGAAGACUGGAUCCGCAAGGGCAAGCGCGUCUUUGGCAAGACCAACGCGCCGCUCUACAUCCUGAAGAGCCACCUGGAGUACGUGCUGGACCGCAACAACGACUGCUUCGACACGCAAGACGACAAGCCGCGCACGCCAGCCGAGCCCGCAUCCCGCGAGCCAAGCCCUGACGAAUCUUCGGCCGCGUAUAGGAACGCGAAGCUUCGUGAGGUGUUUUGCAUCUGCCGGCGCACCGAGGCGGGCAUGAUGAUUGAGUGCGAAGUGUGCCACGAGUGGUACCACGGCAAGUGUCUCAAGAUUGCGCGCGGCAAGGUCAAGGAGGAUGAAAAGUACACCUGCCCGAUCUGCGACUGGCGCGUCAAGAUUCCGCGCGAUGCGGCCCGCCCUGACCUCGAGUCGCUCAUCAACCUGUUCAACGAGAUCCCCAACCUGCCUUUCCAGCCCGACGAGGAGCAGAUCCUGGGCGAGAUCAUCCAGGGCGCCAUGGACUUCCGCGCUAAAGUCGAGGACUACCUGGACCCCAACCUCACGUCGGAGAGCGACGCGAUUAAGCAGCGCUUCUACCUCCGCAAGAUUGAGGGCGCCGAGAUCCUGUUGACGCGCGAGACCAACUUCUUCCGCCAGGUGCUCCACAAGCGCUUUCCCGUGGCGCCCGAUCCGCCGCCGCUGAUCGAGGAGUCCAAGAGCACGCGCAAGCCGCGGCCGACCAAGCUGCAGAAGAUGAUGGCGCAGUACCAGGUCGACGACCCGGACGACCUGCCGGAGCUGGUCAAGCUGCGCGCCAACAGCUCGCGGCGCAAGAUGCUGACGGCCGGUACGGCGGCCGAGGCGGCCGCGGCGUCGUUUCGCUCGUCGGGCCUCAUGAUGCCCCUGGCCCCGGCCACCGCGCUGGGUAGCCCCCUCGAUGCGGCAGCCCCUUCGUCGGCCGGCAGCGCCAGCGCUGGCGGACGCAACGCGGAUCUGCAGCAGUCGCCGCCCGCCGACGCCAGUAACUUCCGCCGCAGCUCGGAAGGCUCGUACAACGCCAGCAGCUUCAGCAACUUUGGCCGGAACAAGCCACAGCCGUCGCAAGCGUCGCCAACGACGGCGGUGCAGUUGCAGCAGCAGCAGCAGCAGCAACGCCAGCCUCUUGACCGCCACAGCACGGUGAUGAGCUUCGACAACGGCGGCCAGCAGCAGAGCCCCGGCGAUGCGGGACGGCCGGCGUCGGUCGGUGCGACAGCUGCAUCGUCUGGGCAUACACGUGCAGGUAGCGACUCGUCGUGGCCCGCGACGGUUCCGGCGCGCCCGGCCGACGCUGACGCGAAGCGGCCGAGAACGGGCCUCUUUGAUGCAGUGCCGACCGCGACCAAGGACACGCCGCGUGCGGAGAGCGGCAACGACGCUGGCGACCGUAUGGAUGUCGACAGCGGUGCCAAGUGA